UACGUCACUCUCCCCUCCAUUUUAAUUUAAAUUCAUCUAUAAAUACUCUCUAUUUACCUCCAAAAAUCGUCAGUUGUUAGUCGUACUCCUGGAGCGCCACGUACUCAUCCAAACCUAGAAAAUGAAACUCCUCAUCGUUCUCUGUGCAGUCAUUGCCAUGGCUUGCGCCGUUUCUAAGGAGGAAUUCCUAAAGAUCCGCGAAGAGUGCUUAAAGUCCGAAAAUGUCCCGCAAGCAGUCAUUGAGAAGUUGAAGAAUCGCGAAUAUGGAGGAGAUUUGGGCCACGAAGCCAAAUGCUACAUUCGCUGUCUAGGACUCAAAACUGGUAAUUGGGAUGAUGCCAAGGGCUAUGAUGUAGACAAAGUUUUCGCUGAUUUUAAUGGUGCUGGAUUGGAAGUGACCAAGGAGAACUUGCAGAAAUGUUUCAAAUCGAGUGGUGAUGAUGAUAAAUGCGUAUGGGCUUCCAAGGAUUUGAAAUGUUUGUGGACAAACAAAUACGUUAGCAGGAAACAAUAAAUUAAUUGACCAGAUUAUUUGACUAAGAA